AUUCAACCCGUCCGUUGGUUUGUUCUUAUACCAUCACAACACUUAUAUACACACUUAAUACUUAACUAUAUAUACUGGCCCCUUGGAAUAACGGUUUGGGGAGAACUCGGACCUCUCCUUUCUGGUCAGGAGAGGUGCGUGCUAAGAAGGUACAUGCUGGACAUUCGGUCAGCCGUGCACAGUCAGUCGAAACAUUGUCCUCAGCAUUGUUUCUACAACUUGUUAUCACGCGUGUGCGCGGAUUUAUUUUUAUAGCUCUAUCAUCGUUUCCUUUUCAGUCCUUUUAAUUUUUUUCAAUCAAUCAAUCGCUUAUUUAACGUCUUUUUUAUUCGCGGUGUUUACUUUUAGGCAGUGUAGUGGGAGAUAAAUAAUCGUCGAUUAUUUGUGAAAAUGCAAGUGACGACGAGUGUGUUACUCUGGGCAUUGUUUACAAUAGCCCAGACUGAUGCAAGACCUCCAGAAAUCGGUUCAUCGGAAGUGUCUCGAACGGACGUGACGAAAGAACAAGUCGGUGAUGCAUUGCAGACAACAACAAAACCUCAAGACGUUGGAAGCAGCAGGUAUAGAGCGUCGUCGGGUCGUACACGAAACAUUUAUGACUUUAAUAAUAAUAAUAAUAAUAAUAAUAAUAAUAAUAAUAAUAAUAAUAAUAAUAAUAAUAAUAAUAAUUACAAUAACUUAAACCAUAGUAAUUUUACCCCGGGAAUUAUAAAUAGUAAUAUUAAAUUUAAAUCAUCUCGUCGCUCUCGUUUGCCAAUUAAUUGGAUUAAUUCUGAUCCAAUUACAUCAACCCCAAUACCUUUGCCCCAGACUAAAGAAUCUGUUUAUAAAAAUCCUCGGAUUAGAAAUGAAAGUCGUUUUAUUCAUACGAUUAGACUUAAUCCAUCUAAUUCACUUUAUCAAGACAAGCCAAAGACUAAAAUCAAAACUACUCUUUUAAAUUCUACAAAAUCUUCUUCUACUGCUACUAAAUUAUCCACUAAAAAUAAUUAUAUUGUUAUUAAGCCGAAUUUAUCUUUUACGAUGAUCAAUUCAACGAAAACAAAACCAUUGAGACUUAAUAAUAAUAAUAGAACUAAUAAUAAUAAUCAUAAAGUCAAUAAAACAUCGGCUAAUAACAAUAAAAAAUAUUCGAUAAUUAAAAAUCCCGUAAUAUCGACAGUUUAUUUGAAGAAUUGGCCAAACGAUCCUCUCCGUAAUACCCAGGAUUUAAUAAACUAUCAAAAAUAUACAUCACCUCAUCCUACUUAUUCAAAUGUUGAAAAUAGUCAUGUUAAUAAUUCAAAUCUUAAACCUGACAAACCAGUUUUAUCGAAUAAUGAUAAACUUACAUUAAAUUCAUGGUCGUCAUCGUCAAACUUAACUAAUUACGAAGACCCGUUGUUACAACCUAGUGUACAGGAAAUAAUAAAGUGGCUUCAAAUUCCCCCGUUUUCAACUCAUCAGAAUGUCGUUAGCGAUCCAACGGUUGGGGACACAGUAUCAAAUACUUUUAAACCAAGUGUUGAUUCAAUUAAACCCGUUUUGUCAUACGAAAAUUCAUAUGUUAGUAACGACGAGAGUGCUAAUGAUUUUCAUUUACCAGCUCCCUAUUUAGAUAAAUUAGAAAACAAUCCAAAUAUCCUUUAUACUCUUGACACAUUUGCUGUUGAUGAGUUUCCAAGUCCACCAGAAACCCUCAGUAAUAAAACUGAAACCUCAAUAACUCUGGCGGAUUCUUCAGUGGCAUCGACUGAUGCUCCAACUGAAUCGUCAAUCAUUCAAAGGCCAGUCUUCAGGCCAGUGUCGGAAAUAACUCAAAAUACUGUCGUCCAUAUCAUAAAUCCAUUGUCGAAGAAACCCAAUGUGACAGUUAGUGAGGGUCAAUUGUCUUUGAAGAAUAAUUCAAAAGUCCCGCCAAAUGUUCACAUUACAUUUACGUCACAAAAUGAUUCUAAUUCUGCAGAAACUUUAAAAGAUACAAGUGUUGAUAAUUUAUGUCCUACGAUAACAAUAAAUUCAAUAACUAAAGUUAAUAAUACUAUUCAAAGUAAACAAGGUUGUACAGAUCUUAAUAUUAUAAUUAACUCACAAUUGCUCAGUACGCAUACUUUUAAUGGCAUUGCGGAUGGGGAUGGGACGGGUGAUGAUAAACAUGUUGAUGGUGACGGAAGUUCCGUUACUUCGACUUUUUAUCCAACAGAAUUCGAUUAUUUAUCAUCAACGUCUGUCACUCCAAGUGUUACAGUGCAGUCAGAUCCAGAUCGUAAUGACUUGUAUGAUUCCGCGGUUGUUAGUGACGAUUCUGAACCUGAGGGACCUUACGAUGUUAAUCAAGAAUCGAAUGUUCUGAUUGGAGACAGCGCACCAGGUGAGACAGCAUUUUCGGAUGAUGUCGAAGGUACUGGAGAAGCUGCAGAAGGUGCAGAUCCAGAGGUUGCUGGUCAAGUCGCUGAUUCUCCUAGUAGUAUUGCAUCAGGUUCUGAGGCCGUUGGUCAAUCGAAUAGUGGAUUCGCUGGUUCUUCGUUGAGUUCACCAGCUCGUCCUGGGCUUCCUAAUUUAGGCAAUCCAUUAUCUAAUUUACCUGGAGCUGGUGGUAAUCAAGGAGACAGUAAUAGCGGUAACGGAGGUUCGACUUCGUUGGCAAAUCUUGAUGAUGAUGAUUAUGACGAUGACGAUUUCGAGUUCAGUCCUUCGGGUCUUGUCGAGAGCAUAUCUAAUGUAUUUACUUAUUUAACAUUUUUAAACCCUUUGAAUUACGGAAUCUUUAGUCUGGCAGCAGCUCCAUUUGCAGCUUUUGCUGCGGGUCUUGUUGGUAUGUCUGCUAUAUUCUUUCCCUGGGCUUUUGCAAAUGGUUUAAAUUUUGCACGAGCUGCUGAUAAAGUAACUAUACUAGUUAGACCAAGUUUUGAAGAGUUUGUAAAACAAUCUAUUAAUCAUUAUCAGAAAUUUCCUGAAUGGAAAAGCAAACGGAAGAAGCGAAGGAGAUGGAACGAGGCUUCUGGUGCUGGUGUACGAAAUUUUAAAGGCUAUCAAUACAUGGAUCAGUCUUUAAAAACCGUAGCAACGCAAUUAUUAAAUGUAUCCAAUCCUGAAGAAUUGCCAAGUUCGCCAGACAGCGGAAAAUUACCUAAAAUAGAAUCAAAAUUAAAUUUAUUGAUACGUAAGCCAGAUGACAGCAUCCGAGAAACUUCUCCAGCCUAUGAAAUAUUUAAUGGCAAUAAAAAAAUAUCAGAGACACACAGCUUUGGGCGACCCGCCAAUUCAAAAUUUAGUUUCUUCCAAUUGAGUCAUCCCGGCCAGGCAAUGGCAAUAACUGAAGAAGAGCUGGAACGUGAAUUGGCAUCAGCUCGUACGACGACACACAAAACACCAGUGACUACUGUCGGUGGUAUAUCGACUUGGAUACUUUUAAAUCCUCCCAGCACAACAGUUAAAUCUUCAGUUACGUCUGCUAGUAAUAAAAAUCAUCCCAAUAAAACUACUGACCUAAAGACUUCAUCAUCUUCUGCUAAACCUCCAUCAACUACCCCGAGAAUUGAGACAAGUCUUAAGACAGCAGCUACAGAAAAAACUACACCCCAAGUAUUUUCACCGAUUGCCAAUGCUUUGAAACAAACCACAGCAGCAACUGGAGCUAAUAAUAAUAAUAAUAAUAAUAAUAAUAAUAACAUGGAAAAAAUAACAAUGAUGGAUUCAAACACGACUCCAAGAGUAGAAACAACUGACAGUUAUAAAUUAAAACCAUCUGUUGGAGUUACAAAUGCAACUAAAAAUGACAAUGAAGAAACAGCGAAAACUACAACGAAAAAAAUAAUACGUAAUUCAGGUUCAGGAUCAACUACCCCGAAAUCGACGACUAUAAUAACGAAAACUACGGCGAUGAAAGUCUCGAGACCAAGUUCUGCAAACCGACCGACUAAGCCUCCUGUUAUCAGAAAACCAUCAAUUAAAUCAAAUAAUACUAAGAUCAGUAUAAACGCAACAUCAAAAAUUGAGAAAGUUACUUUUAGACCCAUUCAAAUGAUUUCAAAUACUAAAAAUUCUCAAGCUUCUAAUUCAAAGCCCAUGUUCGUAAGCAAAAUUUCAGCGUCACUUUACACCAGUCCCGAUACGACCGCAUCAAUAAAUUCAUCGGAUAUUAUCAAAGAUGAAUUAAACGUAACUGAUGUAAAAACAACGAAAUCAAAGCCGACAAAAACAAAUGUCUUGAAGGUACAACUAAAAAAACCAACUGACAGUCCAACGACCAUUGAAAUUGAACCGAUUCAAGUGAGCGCUCCGGUGUUGACGAUUGAAAAAGUCGACGAUAAAAAAGUUUAUGAAGAAAAAAAUAGUGAACCAGCAAAACUGCAGGAUCCAAUUGAUGUUAAAUUUGAUUUUAAUCCCGAGUUGACUAAAAUUAUUGAGUCAUCAACUAGAAUAUCAUCUUCUUCAUCUAUUUCUUCUUCUUCUUCUUCUUCUUCUUCUUCAUCGUCUUCUGAGUCGUCAUUAUCAACGACAACUAAACGACCUAAACAUAAAAGAAAGAAGAAUAAAUUACGCCGACGUAAACCAUCGACUACAUCUGCCCCGAUUUCUACAUCAGUAUCGAUAUCAUCAUCAUCAUCAUCAUCAUCAUCAUCAUCUUCAUCAUCAUUAUCUCCGAUUUCAAGUGAAAAUAAUGAAGGUAUUAAUGAAGUUGAAUCAACAGACGUUUCAAUUCAAGAAUCUAAAAUUGCACCUGAAUCAAAGGUGACCAAUAGCAAUAAAAAUAAUAAUAAUAAUAAUACAAAGAGUAAUAAUAAUAAGAAGAAACAAGUAGCGAAACCCAUCGGUACACAGAUUUACAAUUUCAUAAGUAGAGAAGUAAUGCCUAGUGUUGGAGUGAUGUCUUUAGUUGGUCUUGGUCUCGGCUUAGCCUCUUACUUCCUUUAUCCAUUUGGAGGAACCAUCGCUCGGAGGAACUACGAAGUUGAACCCAAUUAUAAAUAUAAUAUCCAAGAGUACGGUGGUAAUUAUGGUCUAAGUGAAGAAGAAGUUUUAUCAAAAGUCUAUCAAGGAAUGAAUAGUAAUAAUAAUAAUAAUAACAAUAAUAAUUAUCAUCAUAAUAACGCUAAUAAUAAGUACAAUAAUCCCGGCAGUGUUAAGAAUCCGGAUAAAAAUUAUUAUAGAUAUCAAGCUUACGAUGGUGCUUACACAGAUUCUUAUACGACACGAAAAAAUACAGUAGUUGAUUCACGUUUUUCAACUUCCGCAGUACCUGUUUACAGACCCGCACCGUUUUAUGAUAAUCACAAUAAUCGUGAUAAUGAAUUCAAGUAUCCUGACUUACCCACUACGCCAAAUUACUAUGAUAGACAAACGAAACCGCAGUUUAUAAACAGUCAGUCAAAUGGUGACCGUAAAUUUGUCGUUGGUAAUAUUCCUAAAGAGUAUCCGUAUGAUAAUCAAAGACUUCCAGUAGUAACAUCGACCUCAACAACGACAACUGAAAACACGGAGCAAACAGAUUUUGAAAAAGAAAUUGCGGAAAAAUUGAAUUUUGUUAAAAAUCCGGUUACUGAUAAUUUUAGCAGCGAAAGUCAGGAUAAUAGUCAUGGGAUUGCCGAAGCCUCUGCUUUGAAAGCCGAUGCUCCGCAGUAUGAUGAUGUUGAUAUUACACCGACGGCGGUAGUUGUCGAACAUGGCCCGAGAGCAUUGAAAUUUGAAACAUUAAAGAUUAGACGGAAAAGGGAAUCAGUUAUUCAGCAGAUACCUGCUAGAAGUGAGACUGGAGAUGCUGAGGAAGAAGAUUUGAGCAAUGAAAUUUUGGAUGUUAUUGACUCUGUUAUCACUACCGAGCAGAUUGGAUUCAUGGGUAAUGACAAAAAUGACAUUGGACAGAAGAAAAAAAUAAAAGAGUCUAAUAAUGUCUUGGAUAAAAACUCAAAAGAUGAAAUUGAUGAUUUGAAUUCCGAGAAUGCUGGAAGUAUUAAGAAUGAAACUAAAAUUGAAACGAAUUCGACGUUGAAUGACGAAAAUUUAUCAGGAAUGGAUGUUACCGAUGAAAUGGUGACAUUUAAUUCAACGGAUGUUAAAUCACUUAAUGGUACGGAAGUAGCGGAUGAGAACGAAUUCAAUGGAACUAUGGCUGAUAGCAUAAUUCCUAUUAAACCUAUCGCGGAAAAAUUUAAUUUCUUUAACUUUGUUAAGACUAUAGCUGAAGUUAAAUUAAGGUUUGGGCUGACGAUUUUGAAACAUGCAAGUGAAAAUUUCGCAAAGUAUCUCGGUAACGUUCAGAAAAGAUUAAAUGGAGACGAAUAAUUUUUUAGGUUUUUGUUAUUUAAAUAAAAAUUAUUUUUUUAACUUUUUAACGAAUUCAUUUUCUGAUUUUUUCGAGAUAAAGUACAUUUAGUCUGAGUAAUUUCUACCCUGUCAAGAUAAUUUUGAUUUGUUAAAAAUAUAUUUAGAUAAAUAAAUUCAUCACAGGGAGUCAGGAUAACCCAGACUGCAAAAUGUCGUCUUGAUAAAUUCUGAAUGAGUUCCUAUUUAUGAUUUGGACGUCUCAUCAACAUCUUAAAGAAGUCUUUAAGAAGUUCUCAAGAUGUCGAAUGAGCCACCUAGCGAACUCAGUAAGGCGACUUUAAAAAGAUUUCUCAAAGUUCUUUUUUCUGACUUCGUAAAUAAGACUUCAGUAUGAAUUUACCAUGACGUCUUAAGGAGCUCCUAAUUUUGAGUUUAUAAAGAAGUUAAAAAAAAGAAUACAUUUAGACGUCACAAAACUGACGUCUUAUUUAUGGAGUCUUCAAGAACUCUUAAUUAAAAGUUCUUAAAAAUGACACCUUUAAAAAGUCAUUAUAAGACUUCUUGAGGAUGCCUUCAAAGAGACGUCGUAAAGCAGUCAUUCCGACUUGAAUGCUGUCUGGAAAAGUAAAAAUCAGAACAUUAGCUUUGAUUUAGUUGGGCGUUUAGUCCUUUUAUGGGAACUUUACCUUGUCCUGACUCCUUGUGAUCUAUUUAUUUAUUUGUUCAAAUUUUUGGAAGUGAUACAAAAGAUUAUUAUAAUAUUUAGACCUUUUUUACCAUAAAAUUGAGUAUUUUUAGAUCAUAACUCAACGAUUACACAUUGGAAAAAUAAAUUAUUUAUGUCGCAUAUAAAUAUUAUUCUUUGAAACGGACAAAAUUACUCAGGUUGACUGUAAUAAAAUGAAAUUUUAAUAUUUAUUUCAUUUUGAAUCCAGAAUUAAUGAAAAUUAUUGUAAUAUUUUAUAAAAAUAAAAUAAUAUUUAUAAAAAUAAAUCGUGUGCGAAGAAGUAGAAAAAUAUUUAAAUAAUUUUUUUUCGAAAUUAAAAAAUUCGUAUCUAAAAAAUGAAGAAAAUUUUAUAAAAUUCGUUAAAAAGUUAAAUGACUGAUUAACCGCAUUCACGAGUUUUAAAAUUGUGUGUUGCACGAAUUGCCAGUUUCUUAAAUAUAUGUAUUAUAGUUUUUUUUACCAUUUAAAAUUAUUUUUUUUACCUUUAUAAUUUUUUAUAAUGAUAAAUUUUUCUCCUUCUUUUGGUUUUAAGAAAAAUUUAUGUCUUCAUAAUUAUUUUCAUUGAUAAUUCGCAUUUAUAAAAGGAAAAAAGAAAAAACUAUUUCUUUCAGUAUUUGGGGAUGGAUGAACUAUAUGUUAAUAAAUGAUUCAAUAAUUUAUUACAUUGUAAAAACAUCAUAAAUAUAUGAUAUUAAUAAAAAAUAGAUGCUAGAU